GCUGGUUGGCCGGUCAAUUAGUGCUCGCGGGGUCAGUGGCCUGCACAGCGCGGUUCUCGGCUCUCAGGCUCGGAGGUGGGGAGGAACCGGGAGCCGCCCGGGAAGGAGCCCCCCGCCCCGCACCCAGUAAGAAAAGAAGGCUGGAUAGGGAAGCAGAGUCAUGGCGUCUGACGCUAGUCAUGUUCUACAGGCCGCCCUGGAGCAGAUGGAUGGACUCAUUGCAGGCACUAAAACAGGUGCAGAUCUCAGUGAUGGGACCUGUGAGCCGGGACUGGCUUCCCCAGCCACCUGCAUGAACUCCUAUCCAGUGCUACAUCUUGUCGAGGACCUGAGGCUGGCCCUGGAGAUGCUGGAGCAUCCUGAGGAGAGAGCGCUUCUCCUAAGCCAGAUCCCAGGCCCCACAGCCACCUACAUAAGGGAGUGGUUUGCGGACAGCUUGUCCCAGGUAAAUCACCACAGUGCUGCAAGCAAUGAAACCUACCAGGAGCGCUUGGCACGUCUAGAAGGAGAUAAGGAGUCUCUCAUAUUACAGGUGAGUGUCCUCACAGAUCAAGUGGAAGCCCAAGGAGAGAAGAUCCGGGACCUGGAAGUGUGUCUGGAAGGACACCAGGUGAAGCUCAAUGCAGCUGAAGAGAUGCUUCAACAGGAGCUGCUAAGUCGUACAUCACUCGAGACCCAAAAGCUAGAUCUGAUGACUGAAGUGUCUGAACUGAAGCUCAAGCUGGUUGGCAUGGAAAAGGAGCAGCGAGAGCAAGAGGAUAAACAGAGAAAAGCAGAGGAGUUACUGCAAGAGCUCAGGCAUCUCAAAAUUAAGGUGGAAGAGUUGGAGAAUGAACGUAAUCAAUAUGAGUGGAAGCUGAAGGCCACUAAGGCUGAGGUAGCCCAGCUGCAAGAGCAGGUGGCUUUGAAAGAUGCAGAAAUUGAGCGUUUGCACAGCCAGCUCUCCCGGACAUCAGCUCUCCAGGGUGACCAGGCAGAGAAAGAUCAAGAAAUUCAACGUUUGAAAAUAGGGAUGGAAACCUUGCUCGUUGCCAAUGAAGAAAAGGACCGACGGAUAGAGGAACUUACGGGACUUUUAAACCAGUUCCGAAGGGUAAAAGAGAUCGUCAUGGCAACUCAAGGAUCUUCAGAAAGAGCUCUCUCAAUCAAUGAGGAAGAGCUGGAGGGAAAUUUUCGAAAGUGGAAUUCUACAAGUAAAGGUCCCGAAGAACCAUUUAAACCAGAGAUGUUACAACGAUGUAGCUCUCCCACAGCUGGGCCACCACCACUUCCACAGAAGUCACUGGAAACCAGAACUCAGAAAAAGCUUUCCUGUAGUCUAGAAGACUUGAGAAGAGAAUCUGUGGAUAAGAACAUUGUUGAUGGGAAGCAGCUCUCCCCAGCAGUGGAAUCUAAGGAAGAGGAUGAGUUUCCCAGUGAGCAUACAGAUGUUGACACCAUGGAUGGCCCUUUUCCAGCUGAGCACAAAUAUCCCACUUUACCUGGGAAGCACUCAGGAAGCAUACCCAAUGGUGAGGCUGCCAAGUCUCUUCCUAACACUUCCCAGCCUGAUCCCACCGGGAGCAGCCUGCUGAGGCUGAGAGACACAGAAAGUGGCUGGGAUGACAGUGCCGUAACCAAUGACCUCUCAUCUACAUCAUCUGGCACUGAGUCAGGGCCCCAAUCUCCCUUGACACCAGAUGCUAAACGGAGUCCUAAAGGCAUCAAGAAAAUAUGGGGAAAAAUCCGAAGAACACAGUCAGGAAAUUUCAACACUGAUGCACCUGGGAUGGCAGAGUUUCGACGAGGUGGGCUCCGGGCAACUGCAGGGCCAAGACUCUCAAGAACCAGAGACCCCAAGGGUCAGAAAUGUGAUGCCAAUGCCCCAUUUGCCCAGUGGAACACAGAGCGAGUGUGCGCCUGGCUGGAAGACUUUGGUCUCAGUCAGUACGUGAUCUUUGCUAGACAGUGGGUGACUUCUGGCCACACUUUGUUGACAGCUACUCCUCAGGACAUGGAAAAGGAGCUGGGAAUUAAACACCCUCUGCACAGGAAGAAGCUAGUUUUAGCAGUGAAAGCAAUCAACACCAAACAGGAGGAGAAGUCAGCACUGCUUGACCACAUCUGGGUGACACGUUGGCUUGAUGAUAUUGGCUUACCCCAGUAUAAAGACCAGUUUCAUGAGUCUAGAGUUGAUGGACGUAUGCUGCAAUACCUAACUGUGAAUGAUCUACUCUUCUUAAAAGUCACCAGCCAACUACACCAUCUCAGUAUCAAAUGUGCCAUUCAUGUGCUACAUGUCAACAAGUUCAACCCCCACUGCUUGCACCGGCGACCAGCUGAUGAGAGCAACCUUUCUCCUUCAGAAGUUGUGCAAUGGUCCAAUCACCGGGUGAUGGAGUGGCUGAGAUCUGUGGACCUGGCAGAAUAUGCUCCCAAUCUCCGUGGGAGUGGUGUCCAUGGAGGUCUCAUUAUCCUGGAAUCUCGCUUCACUGGAGAUACCUUGGCUAUGCUUCUCAAUAUCCCGCCACAAAAGACACUCCUCAGACGUCACCUAACUACCAAAUUCAAUGCCCUGAUUGGUCCCGAGGCUGAACAGGAAAAGCGAGAAAAAAUGACUUCACCAGCUUAUACACCACUGACCACCACAGCCAAAGUUCGGCCAAAGAAACUGGGAUUUUCACAUUUUGGAAAUAUAAGAAAAAAGAAAUUCGAUGAAUCAACUGACUACAUCUGUCCAAUGGAAUCCAGUAACAAUGGCGGAGACAGUCACGGGGUCUACAGCGGCUACCGGGGUCUCAACGCCCUUGAGGCCCCAGAACUGGAUUGCCUGGACCAGGUGGGACAGAUUAGCUGAUGUCAUUUUCGCCUGAUCUCACUGCGCCCCCAAGAGCUCACAGUAACUCUGUGUGUCACCUUACCACUGCACCUCACUGUGUGUGUCAUCCCUGCACCUGUGCAUGGCUCGCAGAGAACAUUCCAGCAGAUGCACUUCCUGGGCUGUCUCACUUCAGACCCUGAGAGUGUCCAGAUUAUGGUGCUACACCUUUUCUAAGGUUGUGGCUCCUUUGGGGACUAUUGCCAAAAGUGGACUCAGGAAGAAGAUGUUUGUAUAUUCAUAGCAGGUCUUGCUGUUAUUCGUCAGCUCCAGAGAAGCCUAUGAACCUGGACACAGAUCUAGAGAAUAUGGACAAUAUUUUGGGAUUUGGAAACUUGUGUCUCAUGCUUAUCCUGUCAGCCCUGUUUGUCAGUCAUGAGACCCCCAGAUGUGGGUGUGUUGCAGUGGCAGGAGUCACUCAGCAACUGGGCAGAUAAAAGGCUAAUCUUGCUAAAAGGACCCUCUUCUUGUCAUGGGUUUGGCCAGUGAGGGGGCUCACACCAUAGGCCCCCUCCACUGCACACUAGUUGAGGGGAAAUCUUAAGUGCCUUAGGCUUGUGGCCACAGUCUUGACUGAGAGUGCCUGGACCACUGGGCAGGGGUAUAACUGUGUUGUGCUUUACGCAGAGGUGAUCACUUCUUUCUGAUAAUAAAAACAGUAUUUAUGUAGAAAAUAAAA